UAUAUUUCGAUUUCAAAGUUUCCCCUCCCCAUGUGAUUUUUAUGAUUUGGCUUGACGAAUGCUUAAAUUAUUCAAAUUAUUUAAAGUCCAAAGAUUUAAUACACGAUAUGCACAUCAAUGGUUUCCUGACGCCAAAUGGUUUGAAAGUUAUGUUGGACCCUCCUUAUUUCCAGAUGAUUUUGAUACAAGAUGGAAACCUCCUAUUCCAUUCCUAUCCAAACCAGCUCCAGAAAUGAAUAUUAAAACGAUGCAGCUUAAUUUUGGACCUCAACAUCCAGCUGCCCAUGGUGUCCUCAGACUAAUAUUACAGCUUGAUGCUGAAACCGUUAAAAAAGCCGACCCUCACAUAGGCUACCUUCACCGGGGAACUGAAAAGCUUAUAGAAUACAAAACCUACCUUCAAGCUCUGCCCUAUUUUGACAGACUCGAUUACGUAAGUAUGAUGUGCAACGAACAAUGCUUUUCUCUCGCCAUCGAAAAAUUAUUGGGAAUAAAUAUACCGGAGAGGGCCAAAUGGAUCAGGGUUUUAUUUGGCGAAAUUACUCGUAUAAAGAACCACAUUAUGGGUAUCACCACACAUGCACUGGAUUUAGGCGCUAUGACCCCCUUCUUUUGGCUUUUCGAAGAAAGAGAAAAGCUAAUGGAAUUCUACGAAAGAGCAUCAGGGGCCAGGUUACACGCAGCUUAUGUUAGGCCAGGCGGAGUUGCGCAGGACCUCCCAUUGGGUCUUCUAGACGACAUAUACGAAUGGGUUAUGCAGUUCCCUCAAAGGAUAGACGAAGUCGACGAUUUAUUGACCGAAAAUAGAAUUUUUAAAUCGAGAACCGUCGAUAUCGGGGUUGUAACGGCCCAAGACGCCCUUAAUUUGGGAUUUAGUGGCGUGAUGGUGAGGGGGAGCGGAAUAAAAUGGGAUUUGCGUAAAUCGCAACCUUACGACGCUUACGAUCAAGUUGAUUUUGACGUUCCUGUAGGAAUCAAGGGCGACUGUUAUGAUAGGUAUCUUUGUAGAAUGGAAGAGAUGCGACAAAGCGUAAGAAUAAUUCAUCAGUGUCUCAAUAAAAUGCCGACCGGUGAAAUCAAAGUAGACGACAAUAAAAUAAGCCCACCAUCUAGGGCCGAAAUGAAAGAUUCGAUGGAAGCUUUGAUACACCAUUUUAAGCUAUUUACCGAAGGAUUCCAAGUACCUCCUGGUUCCACUUACACAGCCAUAGAAGCUCCCAAGGGCGAAUUCGGUGUUUACCUCGUGUCUGAUGGUACUAGUCGACCCUACAGAUGCAAAAUUAAAGCUCCCGGGUUUUCACAUUUGGCCGCCAUCGAUAAAAUUGGUAAGAAUUUGUUUUUGGCAGAUAUAGUCGCCAUUAUAGGAACCUUAGACAUUGUGUUUGGAGAAGUGGAUAGAUGAAAUUUGUUUUUAAAAAUAAUAUUGGUAAAAAGAAUGUAUAGAAAAAUAUUAUCCUUAUAAUCUUGAUUCGAUUCAAUUUAAAUAGUGUUUAUAUACUGUGUUUAUAUACUGUUUAUCGUAGAUCAUUUGUAAAAGAGCUUAUUUAUGAUAUG